GCCGUCAGUUGGCUCUUGACUCUCGGUGGCUCUGCCCGGAAUCAGACCCGGAAUCGGAACCCUAAUCCGAAACCGAAUCGAAAUCGGAAUCUAGCCCCGGAUUGUGAUUCAGACUGAAAGAGAUAUUUUUAGUGCUUGCGUGCGAAAUUUUGUUGGUGUCAAAGUUUAACAUUUUACGUGAAAUUACCCAACACACACACACGGGCGAGUAAGCAGAAGCAGCAGUAGCAGCAGCAACACAAGAAGAAUAAUUGCAACAGCAACAGCAACAUUUGCUGCAAGUGCAGCUCCCACAGCCGUCGCCGCCGCCAAGUUCAAAAUCAACGCCUGACAAUGACAAAGACAGCAACGUGGCGCCCACCAAGCCCAAAAAGACCAGCAAUAGGAGCAACAACAAUAGCUAGAAUAGCUGCAACAGCAACAUCAGCAGCAGCAGCACCAGCUGCAACAACAAGGACAGCAGCAACAUCAGGAGCUGCAGCAGCAGCAGCAACUGCAACUAAAGCAAUAACAAUCAAUGGGCCCCAAACGACAUGGCGACGUCAACGAGGCUGCACGCCAGCAACACCAAUCAUGCAGCAGCAGCAGCAACGGCAGCAAUUGCAACUGCAACAGCAACAAUCGUACUUGCAACGCCUGAAGGCGGCCGGUCGACUGGGGGCGUGGCUGCCAACAAUGACGUCGUCGAUGUGGCUGCCAACCGACUCCCUGGCCCAGCUGAUUUUGGCCAUCUGCCUGCUGGGCUGCCUCAGCCCCUUUACAGCUGCACUCGAGGAGGACUGCGUUGACUUUCAGGGCAACAAGGUGAACCACGGAAUGCUCUACGUCCCCGGACCCGGGGUAUGUAGCCUCUGCGUCUGCUACCACUCCGAACCACUCUGGUGUAAGGCCAUCUACUGUGAUCCGCCCUACUUUUGCAAAAACUUUCGUGUUGGCGAACGCUGCUGUGAGUUCGAGUGCUUGGAUCCGCCCGGCGAGGACAAACUGUACCAGGAACGUAUGCGAAAAAGGGCCGAGAUAUUGGCCGGGAACAGUACAGCCACGAAUGUGCAAGUAGCCCCGAUGGCCAUGUCCACCAUAAUGCUGGGAUUCCUGGGCAACAGCUUCCUGAACUUAUAACUUGAAGUCAAAUAGCAAGAGAUGGAGAUCAAUUCAAGGCGAAGCUAAGCGAACCUCCCCAAUUUUGUUGCUCCUAAAGCGUAGGAAUCUCUCGAAAAAUUAUUACAAUGUAAUAAGUAAAAAAAAAAGCAAACAAACAAACAAACAGCCAGGCCAGAUAUUUGUAGCUAAAUGUCUGAGCAUUAAUUUAGAGGAUGCAAAAGGCAUCGUGCCAGCGAUGCGUAGGUUUUCACUUAUAUCCCCAGACAUAUAAUAGGUACAAUAAUGAUUUCAAGGGACAUGGAACAGGAAAAGUUAAGGCAUGCAAAAAGUUCAGGCACCUCAAUUGCAGAAAAAAACAUUUUCGAGUACUUUCAAUGUGAUCCGAAUCCGAAUCAGAAUCGAAUCGGUAGAGCCAGCAGAUAUAUAGCAUAUAUACAUUUACAUCUACCUAAGUAUACUUGAGUAAGCAACACCAAGAAACCAGAACAAACUCAUCAAGCGAACGUAUAAGACAGUCUCUAGCUCCUAAGAAUCUAUAGUAAAUGAAAUAAAUAAAUAUAUAUAUAUAUAUAUAUAUAUACAGAUAUGGAAAUCUAUGUAAGCAUAUUGUACAUAAGAGUAUAUAGCUCUUUGUAUCGGAUCUAAAAUUGUUGAUUAGUGUUUAGCUAACUGAAUGAAGGCAACUUCGGCUAGGAAGAUAGGUUUUUUUUAAUCCAAUUAAAAUGUUCACUAUGAGUCGACACGAUACACCACAGUUCACCACAUUAGAACCUGCUCCUAGUAAACUUUAUUUUAGAGCUGAGAGAAGAUGGGUAGUUUUUAAAGUUCGUUGAUCAUGAAAAAUAUUUUAUUUUAUUGAUUUUAAUAUAUAGGUUUAAUAAAAAAUACGUUCAAAAAUGAUUUAAAAUCUAAAUUUUGUUUGGUUUUUGCAUAAUAAAAAAUGGUCAUUUAGUUUUAAGCAGUAGGAAAUCGUUAAAAACGAUUAUAAUUUUUAAAAUAUAAUUUACUAUCUAUAGGUUGCCAGCUCUAUUUUUCUUUCUAACCACACCAAACACGUUAAAUACUUAUAAAUAAAAGAAGGUAAGGGCAGUGCAGUUCGAUAGAAAGUCUCGAUCUUAGUAAGAGGUAGUAAAUUACACAUAUCUUGGCAACAUUUUUUCCAAAAUAUUAUAACAGUCACGAACACAAAUGAAUCAUUAACUCUUGCAUUGGUGCUAAUUUUAUCGUAGGCUUAAAAAAUUAUAAAAAAUCACACACACCUCUCACUUCGCACAUCACACUCCAAUCAUAUUGAAUCAAAUUCUAUAUAUCAAUUAGGUAAUGUAAUCGAGAGCAAAAAAGGUCUAGCAUAUACAAAAGUAGUUAACCAAUUAAUAAAACAAAAAAAACCCUAUGUUUUGUGUAAGAAAUUUGCCUAAGGUAAACCUGUUAAAGAUCUAAUAAUAAUAACUAAUGAAAACUAAAUCCUAUGUUCACUCGCUCGAUAGGUUUUACAUUUACCAUUUGGAUAGAUCAGCAAAAAUAAGAAAUAAAUGGAAAAGCGUUUGGCAAAGCUUAGUAGAUAUGUAAGAAAAAUCCCUUCAAGAAGAGUUAGAUCUCGUUUCAAAUUUAGGCUAAAGACUCUGAAGCCAUCUCCGUCUCUUUCUACAUACAAUAGUCAAUCUAUGAUUGUAGCAAUUAAAUCUAGAGAUAUAGCAGGACCAGCAAAUCAAACCAAAUAUAAAAUUCGAAAUAGAAUGGUUAGAAAAACAAAUAUAUAUACACAUAUAUAGGUAUAUAAAUCGAUCCAAGGGAAGUUGGUCAAAUUUUUUUCACUUGACAGCACAUCAAAGCAAAAUACAAUUAACAAUAAAUAUAUAAAAUGCGGAAAAAUCCGAGAAAAAAGUGGAGUACGGCUGUGAAAUUAUGUUUGCUUUAAAAUGCAUAAACGCAACUGUAAAUAAUAAAAGAUUACUAAAGUAUAUAAGCCAUAAUAUGGUAAAACAAACUAUUCAGAUCAAGUAGAAAAUUCGAGAAAAGCGAAAAGAAGCUCAGCGAGCAGUGGAAUAAGAAAAAAAUAACUAAUUAACUAAAUGUACAAUUCAAUAUGCCACAACAUCUGACCAAUUAUGAUCCAUAACAGAUAAAAAAAGAAUAUAUAUAUAUAUAUACACAAAAAAUAUAUA